AUGCGGAAGGUCAAGCCUGCCGUAAGUGAAAUGGAGAAGAAAACGAUGAAAGCAGGGUCUUCGAUGUUCCUCAAAGCUAUGAAUCAGGCUAGCGUUAGCGCUGGAUAUGGCGCCUCUCUUAUGGACAAAAAG